ACGUCACGGUGGUAAUGGCUCUCGACUUGUGUGGGAGGAUUUAGAAUCACAGUUGAUGUGUACCGGGGGAUGAAUUGUAAACUACCCGAAGACAGGUGCAUGUACGACCAGGUCUACAUAUUGAAUCCGAGAUUCAGCCUGAGGCGGUGAUGGUGCUGGUUGUCCUUUUGGCUCUUAUGACGCUGCCAGGUGUGGCAUCACUCUGUGAGAUGGACAAAGUGUGUACGGUUGCCUGCUCCAAAACGCAUCAGUCAGGACAGCACGUGGAGGACUGUGAAGACAGAUGCAGACAACAUGGAUGUAACACAACUGAUAUAAUAACACCCACUCACACAGAAGGUCCCGUUGUCAGUGAACCUAUCUCUUUCCCAACAAGAUGGCUGCCCACCAUCAUUGGGGCGCUCGUCGGAGUAGGAGUUCUGGCUGCUGUUGUCUACUACUUCCGGAAGAGUUGGCAGCGGCGGGACAGGUUCCCUGGGUAUGGGUUUUCCCGACUGCCGAGGAGGCGCGGCAAGGAGACGGACCUGGCGCUUACAGAGAUGUCCACAGUAGAGGCCUAGCGGCCGCCUCCCGCUGCAGGCGACAAACACAUCGGUACGAGCAUCACCAUUAAUUAGUGCAUGUGUUGUGAAAUACAUCUGUUUGUUAAUGGAGA